GAUCUAUCUCUGUGGACGCGCUUUUCCUAGAUAUUGUAGCGGGCUAGCAGCAAAGUGUAGGUAAGAAAGUGUAGUGUAAGUCUAGCAUAGAAUUUUAAAGGAAAUAUAAAUGACAACUAAUAUCGCCGCUAGGACAGUCUAUAUUUGGACCUCGUAGGUGUGUGUGCUCUUGUCCCUGUCAGGAAGGUGUGGCCAAUAGCCAGUCCAUGUGGAGCAGGCACAGAGAAGAGGACAACCAGAACUAACUGAGACAGCUCUAGUUGACCGUGUGAGAGACCCCGGGAAUAAUACACAGGUUUAAUCAGCUGUGAUAAAAGUGUCUUUCCGGUCCCUUCUAGCCUGAGUGACCAAGUGGUAAGAAGGCAGAGUCGGUGUGGACGGGCCCGGGGGCUGCGAGGCUCCAGUGCUCUCUCUGCCUCUAACGUGUGCUGCGCUGCUUGCUGGCCGCCUCUGUGACUGUGUUUGUCCGCGCUCUGUUGAGAACGAGAGAGAGAAAGAUAACUGCUACUGCUAAAGAUAUGAGGCUUUCCCCAACGCUGGCUGUACUGUACCACUCCUGAGGACACCCAGACUGCCAGAUCAGCGGUUCACCAUGAGAUUGGAGAGAUAAUCGCCCAGAGAGCCGCCCUCCCAUCCCUGCAGUUUGUGCCCUUGGAAGAAGCUCAUUGAUCCAGACCCCCUUACUCAUCAUGCCCCUGGCUCCCAGAUAACACCUCUCAGGACCAGGCCUGCACAGCACGCCUCGUCUGCACCAUGGCAGGAGAGACUCAGCGCACGUACGCUGUCAGAAAGCUGGACACGGAGUCCAAACAACAGGAUGAGGGCACUGCACUGGAGCAGUACAGCAGCAGUGAGAAAGCCGCAAAACAGUCUUCAGAGCACUGCUCAAGCUCAGGCGUGGAGGGGCGGACGGUCAGCAGAGGGACCGACUUUGAAGAGAAGGACAGGGAUUAUAGCCAGCAGCGUGAGGCUGUGAUCCGACCUCAGCAGGCGGGAAAAAUAGACUUCAAGUCGCUGCAGAACGGCCCGAAGUUCGCCGGCGACAGAACGUGGCCCAGUGGUAAGGGCAGCCCCCAGUCCCCAAGCGGAAAGAGCCGUGGCCGAGACAAGGGCAAACGGUCUGGGAAGUCGGAGCGCGGUAACCCACAGCAGCUGUACAGACUCAGCAUCACAAACCCGCGCUCCAAUCCUACCAUUGGUAUUGCCUACCCACAGCAGAAGGUCUCACCACCCAAGAAGCUGGAAGCCAGUCGAGGCCCUGUGUUGGGCAGCUACAGGUUCCACGUGCCCAGUAUACCAGAGCGAGAGGCCGAGCUGCAACAGGAGGAGCUCAACUACAGCCGCUGCUUCCAAGAGACCUCGUCCUCCUCCUCUGACCUCACCUCCCCAAGCUAUACCUCACAGGCUCUGGGAACCGCCGGUGGGACAUCCACCCAUCAACAGCCACCACAGCAGCAGCAACCAGGCCCGAUGGAGAACAACAAUACUACACAACCAAGCAGCCAGCUGCUCUUCCCAGACUUUCAGUUGAGUGGCUCCAAUGACUGGCAGUCUCCGGAUAGGACUUUUAACGGUGCUAACUAUGGGAUUUCCUCACAAAAAUCCACUGUUCUGUCUGAGGCAAACAAGGCAAAUGGCAGCUUUGCGCCAUUGCAUAUUCAGUAUGGAUACCAGUUGUUGGAAGACUCAAACCCAGACCCUUUUCCAAAUGAUCAAAACCCCCAAUCCCAGGACUAUAUAGACUCCUCUUUGGCUCCUGCCCAGGCGACUCAUAACUCUUUCUCCUUUCAGACAUCAGGGGAGGGGCAGGAGGGGGUUCAAAAUAACACUCAAUUCAACAGUGACCAGCCGGUGAACAGUUCUUCUUACUCCACUCCUCCACAGCCACCACAAUACCUGCAAGCACCACAAGGGGCAGCCUCCUCUAAGCACUGCCCCAGAGGCCUGAGUGAGGACUCAGCUAGCAGCGAGAGCUCCGGCUCGAGCUCCCAGCAGUCCGAGCAGGGUAAGAGUUCCCUGGCAGAUGGCACAGAAACCUUCAGCCAGGCAGACAAUAGGGAUGCAGCCCUUGCUUCAGGCAGCAAGCGGAGCUGCAACCCCAAAGACGGUGCUGUUGCCAGUCAGAGAACUCUUGGUGUACAACAAGCUAGAAGUAUUGCACAUGGUCCAAACUCCCAAAUGCACUUUCCAAACAAAGCCUACAACAACAGCCCUCCACUCAAUAACAUUCACAUGAGCUCGAUGCCAUUUGAUAAAAGCAUCAACACCAAGGCCCAUACUAGGUUAAGACACUCAUGGGAAGGACAGAAUAAGACCUUUUCACCAGCUGACCAAAACACUAUGCCUUAUCCUAAUAUGAAUCAUAAGUUUCAGUUUCAGAACCAGACAGCUGUUGAUCAAAGACCAAACACAUCUAAAAGCAAUAGGAUGCCAUGGCAACAGAUACGCCCAACUUCUGUCCCACCCAACCAAAACAGGAUAGAAUUGUCUAGGCAAGUAAGCAACCAAAAGCUCACUUAUUUGGUUGCACCUUCUGACUGGCAGGAUGAUACAAAAUCAAAUAAGAACGGUUCAUUGAAAAGCCCUAACUCAUUCCAAAACAAUAGGCCUAGUGAAGGUUUCUCAAACUCAAGACAAGAUAGUGUGAAACAGAGCUGCGGUGAGUCUAAGACUAAGCCCAUAUUUUUUGGAAUCAACCAAUCAGUGCCUGGGGCAUCAUCAAUAACAUAUGGAUAUCCACCAUUACAGGUCCCACAAAUGGGGCUUAUGAUGGCAUCCCCAUAUGAAUCUCCCUCACCCUCCCCAGUCCAUAACCCAGCCUCUAGCAGCACGUGUUCCUCACUCUCCCCAGCUUCGUCAAGCCCUGUCAACCUGUCUGAGGAUAGCCAGAUUAUAAAGUCUGGGCAUCCUCCUCCAUUCUAUCAUCAGCAUCAAUUGAAGGCGCAAGGACCCACAGAUUACCUCAGCACUAACUCUCACCAUUUCCACUCAGAUCCCUGUCGUAACCGGCCUUAUGCCCCAGAGAGGCAAAAAGAAGACAUGAUGAGCUACCUGCAUAAUAAUGGACAUCCAAAGCCUAGUAUGGAAGGAAACAAGGGCUAUAUGGAGGGCUUUGGGGUGGAGCAUCACCCACCUCCACCACCAUACUCUGCACAUCAACUGUUAGCUACGUCUUUAGCAAACCUUGACCAACUUGACGUGCUUCUCACAUGCAAACAGUGUGAUCAGAACUUCACUAACCUGGCCUCAUUCCUUGGCCAUAAGCAAUACUGUGGACAGCAUGCGUUUGCACAGAAGGUGGACGAAACUAGAACUACACCAGGAAGUACAACACAAUUUCACAGUGACAUGACAAAAUCUUCAUCCUCUGGGACUGCUUCAUGUCAAAGCAUCUCAAUGCCGAGGUGUCCAUCAGACCAUCACCUGUCUCUGCUGGGACUUAAUAAGAAUGGAGAACUGAUGUCUGAUAGCGAAACAAAAGGGGAUUCUAAGGAUGAUCCCAUGAAACUUAACUUGUUCUCUGGGGCAGGUAACCUUCCUGUCUCUCUUCCUGACUUGGAAAUGGAGGAUGCAAAGUUAGAUAGCCUAAUCACUGAGGCUCUAAAUGGCCUGGGGUAUCAGUCAGACAAUGCAGAGAUUGACAGCAGCUUUAUUGAUGCAUUCGCAGAUGAUGACCUCACCACUGUCAAAGUAUCUACAAACAGACUGAAAACCAAAGACUCAAUAGUCUUUGAGAGCAAACGCAAAAAAUCUACUGAAGAUGACAAGUCUCUGACACAAGGAAAAUAUAUUUAUGACUCAGACAUAGAGAGCCUUCAGACAGACAACAAACACACAGAAAGCCAACUUGAAAGGACUCCUCAGAAUUUUGAGCUGAAUGAGAAAUUGAAGAUCAAAAAAGAAGUGUCUCAUAAAAAUUCAAGGAUUGCCUCAGGGGAGAAACCGAGGGAACAAGAAAAUAAAGUGAAAGAUAUAAGAAAGCUGUGCAAUAGUGAAGAGGAAAACACUAACACUCCAAGGUUCCUCUUAUCUAGCACAUUUUCAGAACGCUGUGGAGUUAGAAGUUUCCAGGAUAAUACUUUGUCAAAUGGUGCAACCUCUUACCAAGUCUCCUCAACAAACAGGAGUUCCCCAACACCCAGGAAUGCAGCAAGGGAGAGUAAAAGGAAAAGGACCGGUGCUGGUACCUGGAGUAAAGAACUUAUUCACAAGAUAGUUCAACAGAAAAACAAAUUAAACAAGCUCCAUGUAAAAGGCACUAAAAACCUCCAGUUUUCAUUGGUGAUGGAGAGAGUUACGCCCACUGUGACAAACCCUGCAUUUGGGGAGUACGACUAUGUCUCAGACUCAGAUGACGAGUGUGAGCCUGUGAAGAUAGCAAGCCAAGGUCGCCUGAGUCAAAGCAGCCGCUGUAAAUACACAUACACAAAGGAGUGCAAAUGGAGGGCUAGGAGCGACAGGGACAGUGCCGCAUGGAGGCAUGAAUCAAAAGAGUGUUUUGAGGUGAAGAAAGCUGAAGAUGUCUCCUUGUCUCCAGACAAAACUGUUUCCCAUCAGAGACUAAAGAGGAGAGGUAGCAGGUCAUCCACUAGCAGUGAAGUCAGCACAUCUGUUAGCAUCUCCAGCGAUAGCAUCAACAGCCCCAAAAGCACUGACCGCACAGACUCAGACUGUGAGAAAAGAGUGGAAAUCAGGAGGAAGGACUCUUCUGAGCAGAGGACCUAUGAACGAUCUCCUCAAAAGAUAUGCAAGGAGUCUAGCACUCAACUAGCACUGACAUUUACCAAAUCUACUAAGAGGUAUAGCGCUGAUAAGACAUUCCUUUCUACUAAUAAAGACAAUUUAGUGGGUUCAAGGAUCAUUAACUCAAAUAUUGAAGUUGCUGAUCCAGUAUUAACAAUACCAAAAGUAAGAAGUGCAGUCAAAAACCUUGAGAAAUGCAGAAGCAAAGAUGUGUCCUCAAGGGAGAAGGAUGACUCGUCUAGCAGAGAAACUGACACAAUAAUGAGUUCAGACAAAAACGUACCACUGAGGACAUCUGUCAAGACCUCCAAAGGGGAAUCAACACAUAUUCAGUCCACAAGUUCUGAUCUCAAAUCACAUCAGUCAUCACAUUCUGCUACAAACAACAAGGAAUCCCUUUUUUAUAAUAAAUUAAAAAAAGAUGAGACCAUCUCAAAGGAACGAUCUGUACUCAAAAUCAAAGAAAGUGGGGGAUCUCAAUCCACACAGACACAUUCAAAGUUGUCAGAGAUUUCUACUUUUGACAAACAUAAUAAGAGUGCUCCUUAUCCCAUUAAGGAGCCAAUUACUUUCAGCAAUGUGAUAGUCCCCAAGUCCACACCUCUUUGCAGUGCACUCAUGGACGAAGUGUGCCUGUCUCCAACUGAAUUUCAGGAGGCUUUGACACAGAAAGAGACGUCACAUCUCAUUCCAUACCCCCUAGGGCAGGACCAGAGUCUUAUGAAGUCUCCUCUCUCAUUUGACACAACCUCAAUGUUUGAGGACCUUUCAGUGGCCGAAUUUGACAAUGGUCUCUACACUGACAUUCCAUUGCACAAAGAAGGUUUUAACUCCUUAGAGACCUCCAGUGACAAAAAAGAGGUGUUCAGCUCAUCGUCUUUUCUUUCUCCUUUCUUGGAACAGAGGGACUGGGGUCUUAUGGUCGAUGUCAGUCCCAUGUUACCAGAUGAGAUAUCCCAAUACAAAGACAACUUGGACAAACCAAAUCAAAAGAAGUCAGAUUACAGUCAUGUUCCUUUGUCUUUGCCAGACAAAAUUAUGGACUACAGUGUAAAUCUCAACAGCUGCGUGUCAGAAGAUGAGCUAGAGAUAAAGAGGAUUGUGACAGAGUUGGAGAGUCAGCUCCAGACAACCAAGCUGAGUGGGCCGCCAUUGCUUACUGAGGAGUCCCCAAAGCUUCUGAAGAUGAGCAAAUUCUCCCCUCUACGACUCAAUGAUGAAUCUGAGAAUGAAGACGAUGGCCUGGAUAUGGGCUGCCCUGUACAAAGCAUGGCAUUGGCAGUGUCAAGUAUGCCAUCUGACCCACAUUCAGAGGCCUUUGCUGAGCCCGGUCUACCAUGGUCCAGUACAUUUGAGUUUGAGUUGAUGGAUGGACAUCAUACGCCAACCCAUGCUGAACCUAGUGUUCUUGAGCAGGUUAGCGAGAACGAUGACCAAAAGCACACAAUGAUGACCUCAACCUUAAAUGCUGAGAAAGGGAAUCUGGAACAGGAGGACCAGAAAGAUAAAGGAGUGGGUGUUGACGAAAGAACUGCCAUAGAGAAAUCUGAAGAGAUUUUAGAGAAUAAGACAUAUGCAGAAAACCUGAUGAAAAGUCUGGAGGUAAUAUCAGAUUCCAUUUUCAAAAAUGAUCCCAUCACACCUAGUGUUGAGGAGUCAAACAUCACUUUGGUUAAGAGCCAGGAAAACAUACAGAUUGACAGCCAUGCUCCAUCUGCUGAAGCUGCUGAAGGUGGAGUUCCGAAUGAAAAAGAGGUCAUUACUGAGGAGGCGGCAAACGUGGAAUCCACACACUCUGAGUCAAAACCUGCUCAACACCCACCUGAUGUAAAAGAGACCCUUUCACUGCAGUCUGUUGAGUUUUUGCACAAUAACAAAAGUGGGUCCACAUUCAAAGAUAAGACAAUCAUGAAAAGUAUCACUGAAGACAGUAGUGGCAUAGAAACUAAAUACUCCUCAAACACUGAAAUUGAUAAUCCACCAAUGAUUGAGGAGAGUUUUGAGAAUGAGAAGCUAGAAGACUGUGAGGAUCAAAUCCAUGAAAACAAAAGUGACCUCCCUGAAUAUACAGAGCUUCUGGACUCAACUACAGACUGCCAUACACAGCUUACAACCAUUGAUGAGAACCCAGAGCUUGUAGAUACUACCAUUGAUGAGCAUUCAGAUAUUCUAGAUUCUACCAUUCAUGAGCACACAUACAUUCCAGAUACUACCACAGAUGACCAUCCAGAGAUUCCAGAUACUACCACUGAUGUGCAUCCGGAGCCUCUAGACAAUACCAAUGAUGUGAAUGCAGAGCUAAUAGAUACUAACAUUGAUGGGAAUACAGAGCUUCUACACGGCACGAUUGAUGUGAAUCCUGAGAUUCAAGAUUCUCACAGUGAUGGUAAAACAGAGCUUCAAGACCCUACCAUUGAUGAGAAUCCAGACAUUUUGCAUAAAACAAUUGAUAAGCACCAGGAGCCUGAAACACCUGUGGAGGACAUCAAUCUCAAAAAUAUGAGCCAGCUUUUCAAUAGGUCCAUCCUAGAUGAGGAAAUGGAGGAGAACUUACACAAUAAUCCUGAAGCGGUAGAAAAUGCAUCUGAAGAACAACUCAUUGAUGUUCAUCUUAUAUCUGAGAAUGUAUGUCAUUUACCAUCUGCAAAUGAACCGACUGAGGACAGUUUGGCAUUAAUAACAAAAGAAGACACCAUUGAAUCUGAGAGUGCAAUACAGGAUGAGGUGAUGAGUCACACAGCUCCUCUGAUUUGUGGCACCCCUGGGAAUGACAUUGAAAAUCCAUCAAACCAUAUCCUAAUGGAGACUUUCACAGAUAAGCUUCGCAAUCCACUGUUCAUGGAAACCAACAGAGAACACACUAGCCAAACUUCACUGUUUUCCAACAUUAAUUCAGAUGAUGAAAGCACCAUUUUGGGCGUUGUUGAGCCUGUAAGUGAUAUUGACAGUGAUGCACACAUGAAACAUACAUCUCAUGACAUAGCUGAAACAGAAAUGGAACUUGAGCACAAACACAGUCAAGAAAAAGAGAUUCCACAUUGUAAAGACAUCCAGAAAACAGUCACCUUACAUCUCGUUGUAUCUCCGCAACACUCACCAUACAAAGAGGAUUUGCCUCUGGGCAAAAGGCUGGACGUGAUUCCAGUUAAUACUUCUCUAUCAAGUCCAGUUCUACCAGCUUCUCCACACCUUCUUGUGGAGAAACAUGACACACAAGAACAGUCAAAGACAACGACAUGCAAAAAUAUUCAUACAGUCUCAGUCCAGGAUACACAAUCUACCAAGGAGGAAAACUGUGACUUAAAUGCCAAAGAAGCACUGCAUAUAAGCGCCCCAUUGACAAUUCCAGCUGAGAUUGAGUACUCUUUAGUGAGUCCUCCUCAACUGGAUUUAGGAAUCACAGAGAGUAAAAUAUCUAGCACUGAAGACUGCAUUUCCUCUUCUCUUCCUUUGACUAUUGCUACAGAGCCAUCUGAGGCAAUGAAGGCCCUUACAAAGAGAGUCUCUGUAUCACUCUAUGAUUUCAAACUAAGCCCACUAAACCACAAUUACAUUCCAGAAGAGCCUCCACAACUAAGUCAGUUUGAUUACACUCCUAUAUCCCCAGCUAACAUGGAUGAGGAGGAGCCAGUCAUCAAGCAGAGGCCCAAUGAUGAAUGUGCACCUUGUGAUCUCACUGAUGAAAUUACAUUGACCCCAGACAAACCAUUGUGCGACAUAGCAACCAAAAUUCCUAUGAGUCCAGACCAUACAGCCACUCUAAGUCCACCAGAUGAACCUUUGAUUAAGUGCAGUGUCCAAAAUGACAUAAAAUGUCCAUUAAUGUUACUUGGUCUCCCUUCUCAAAGCACUAUUACAUCCAAAGGUGAUAUAAAGGAAGAUUUUAGCAUUUGCCCGGCUCCCCUUGAAACUAUUGAUUAUUUGGACUUACAUGUUGACAUGUUAAAGAGAGUGGAUCAAGAGGUGCUGCCAGAGGCCCUGGAUAUUCAUGAGGUCCCUAGUGAUCAGAACACCUUUCCUUUGAUAAAGGACAUAUCAGAUGGUCAGCACACUCCUAAACCUCUGAUUGUCUGUGUGAAUGAGCCAACCCCAAUUCCAUCUGACCAAACCAAAUUACUAACAGUGGAGGAAGGUCAGUGUUCAGUAACACAGCUGGAUGAAACUAUGCAGAAAAAUACAAAUCUGUGUGAGAUAUGCUCCAUGUGUUUCAGGACAGUGCCUGGUUUAAAGAGACAUAAGGCCAUGAAACAUAUGGGUAGGACUGAAAGAGUAUGUUUACACAGUUAUCAAAUAUCUCACUCUACUGAAAUGGGCGAUAAAGAUGAUAUAAAACACUGGGUUCCACAAACCAGUUUGCAAAAAGAAAACAGAGACGUUUCUGAGAAUCUGUGCCCUGAGAUAAGUAAUAACUCCUUCAUAACCAGACUUGGGGAAACAGAUUUAAUCCUGAGGGACACCACAAGUGAAACAACUAUGGCAAAGCCAGCUGAUGACCAAUUCCUGCAAAUGCCUCCUCAGUUGACAAAAGCCAAGAAAAGCUAUAAACCACGGAAGAACAAAAACAGUGAGGUGAUGGUAAAGCCUGACCCAUUCUCUGACGAGUUACUCAACAUAUUAAAAACAGACAUAUUACAGGCUAUUACUCCUGAAUUCCAAACUCGGGUAAAGCAAGAUUGCUGCAUAUCACCUGAAAAACAAGACAUCAUGAAUUAUCCUGCAAACCACAACGUUACUGAGCAGGAGGAAUUUCCAUUCACUAUAACAAGUAACAGUUGCCUUGAACAGAUUCCAGUGUCUGAAAUAGAAGUUACAAAUCUACUCACUCAGACGAUGGACCUGACACAAAACAAGACUGAUACAGAAAAGACGAAAAGCACCAGACAAGAGUCUUUCAAUGCAGUUGCCGAAUUUGGUAUUGUUGUUGAAAGUGAUUAUGGACUAUCUGUAAGUAAGGAUAUUAGUAGGGACUAUGAUACGUCCAGAGAGAACCUAUAUGACACAAAAGAUGAAUGUGGGCAACAGACUCCAGAUGAUAGUCUUGCCACAUCAAAACGGGGGGAGGUUGCAGUAAAGAUUGAAUGUGAGAAAAACAGUGGCCUGACAGAUGAAGUGGAGAAUGUCUCCUCUUUUAAAUCUUCUCCUGCAAGCCCUCUUGGAUUAAAAACUGAUGUUAACCCUUUUGUUGAGGAUGAAUUCUCACAGUUAUUCCCCACUAGAAAUGAGGAACUGAAAAGGAAGAAAUGUGCAAAGGUUUAUGGCAAGAAGAACAAAAAGCUGAAACUAUCUCUGAAUUCACAGUUGGUUCAAGACUAUCCUCCUCCUGACCUGUAUCUGGAAAAGAGAGAUGACUAUACAGAAAAUCUGAUGGACCAAACAUUUGUGAACAAUCACAAUGACCAUUGUGAAUAUGAAACAAUAUCCAUUGAUGAUGCUAUCAUGUUAAACAUGUGUCAUAAUAGCACUUUAAAGACUGAUUCCAACAAAGUAGGAAACAUGAAAGGGGACACAACAGACAUAAAAGACAUUCAAGUAAAUACUGUGGAAAAUGGCAGUAACUUUCUAUGCCCACUUGAGAGCACUAUUGACAAAGGAACAUUGGCAUUGAGUGCCUUCAACAACCUUGUUGCAGAUGCUGUGAUUUCCCCUGACUCAACUUCCUGUAAAGCAGAGGUCCCAACCCCACCAUGUCCUCUUCCUAUCAUAACCCCUUCUGUUCCUUAUCCUGGAGAAACAUGUGUUGCAGACAACGAAUCGCCUUUUCACAGCAUUGAUAUACCAAACCUCAAUACCACCUUCCAACUACCCGAAAUUACAUUCUUUGACUCAAGCAAGGACAUCCCAUUAGCAGGGCCUCCUGGGACAGAUAAUUCGGAGAUAAAAGACACUGUAAAGACCAAUAAGACCAUUGAACGCAAGGGAAGAAAGCGGCAAGAGGGUAGCAUAAAGAUCAAAGACAAACAGUACAAGUGCAAAGUGUGUUUCACCUGGUUUCUCACCCUGGGAGAGCUGAACUUCCAUAAGCUAUCCCACAACCCCUCUCCACCUCCCACCUGCUAUAUGUGUGUCCAGCGCAAGUUCAGCUCCCGGGAGCAGCUGAGGGACCACCUGAGGGAGAAACAUGCUAAGAACAAGGCCGGCAUCUGGACCUGUGGGAUGUGCCUGAAAGAGAUAUCAGAUGUGUGGAUGUACAAUGAGCACUUACGGGAACAUGCCACACAGUUUGCCCGAAAAGGACAGUCACACAGUGCUAUCCUAGGAAGCUUGCCGGGUUCUGGUAUGCAGGAGUCAGCUGUGAAAAACUUUAUCACCUCCAUAAUGCAACGCCGUCCCAGCAAGGUCAACAGAGAGUCUAGUAAGGUCUCCAACAAGGAAAAAACUGCUAUUGUGGAGACAAACGGACAAGAGACAAAAACGACAGAGGUAGCUCUGACCAAAGUUGCCAGGCUUAAAGGAAACGGUGAAAAAGUUGGAAAACCAAGCACACUGACACCAGUUGAGGUUUUGCACAAAACAGAGACAGCGCCAAAGAAUGUGGAGAUGCACCCCAACUGUAAGGAUCCCUCGAGGGACUGUCACCACUGUGGCAAGCAAUUCCCCAAACCCUUCAAGCUUCAGAGACAUCUGGUUGUGCACAACCUAAAUAAGAUUUUUCUGUGCCACAAAUGCCCAGUGACAUACCAGGAGCCACAGGAACUAAAAGAUCAUCUGAAGAAUGAGCAUGAGGAGAUGGAUGAGCUAGACUCAAAGCAUACCACCCUCUACACCUGUGAGCUGUGUGCAGACGUCAUGCAUGUAAUCAAGAAAUCUUUCAUCUGCAGCACCUGCAAUUACACCUUCUCUAAGAAAGAGCAAUUUGACCGACACAUGGAAAAGCAUUUGUCAGGAGGGAACAAGAUCUUCAAAUUCAGAGGUGUUCUCAGACCUAUCAAGACAUCCAAAGAGAGGGAUGAGUGUGAAUUACCGGCAAGCAAAAAAAGAAAAAUUCUUACUGAUAGUCUACAAGAAAACAGCUCUGACAGUGGCAUCGCCAGCAUAGCCUCACUGCACUUAAAUCAGAAUGUUGAAAUGCCAGUUCUGAAACCUACUGUACACAUGACAGAAGACUCUACACAGACCAAUGCAGGUGAAUAUCACACUGUUGAUGCAAGUGUGAAGACUGAGGACAUGGCUGGGGAUUACUCUGACAAGGUGGAGCACUGUACAUUUCAUCUGGGCUCCGAAGGUCUCGCCACUGCUAUGCCCAAAACUGAGGAUGUAGAUCCCAGUCUUUCACCUAAGCUGCCUCUUAGAGACACGGUUGAAGCUGACGACAAAUCAGUCACAGAGCUAUGUGAUGUGAAAGAAGAGGACAAUCCACUUGAGAGUAGUACAGCUGACGAGGAAAGGGAGUCCUUGGCCAAUACUAAACAGAGCAGUACUGAGAUCAUUAUACAGACUAGCACAGCUGAAACUGAAAAGAAGACACAGAGGAGAGAUUCUACGGCGUCAGAUGAGGAGUUGUAUGUCAGCUUCAGUGAAAAUCUGAUCAACAGCUCAAAGAUGUCCAAUGCACAUGACCUUCCUCUUACUAAACCCAAAUCAAGUAACAUAUUAAUGGACCAUACGAGGGAGUGUGAACAGGGGCAGCAGUCAACCAUUAUUCACAGCCAAGACAGCAAGCAAAAGGACAAAGCCUUCACACCCAAGCCCAGUGAAAGCAUGAAACACAGCCCAAGGACCAUUGAAUCAACGCCAGUCCACCAUACCAAGCUUACAUCUCAGGGCUUGGCGUCCAGCGAGAACAAAGACUGUAUGAGAAGAGAACAGAAGAAGAGGAAAGAGAUGAGGUCUCCUCAUAGUUUACAGAGGGUUACAUCACCUGUUACCCGUGAGAACUUUGGUGCUGAUGUCAAGGUCAAAAAUAAAUUCCGUUCCAGCAAAGGCGAGAGCCUUGUGGUUCACAGGAAAUCAGACGGACCCAGCGACUACCCAGUGCUCUCAUCGAUGAGAGAUGAUGUGGUCACAAACAAAAUAAUCUCCAAACACAAAAUAUCAGGGAGUGUAGGCCUUCAACCAAAGAGAAGCACCCUUGAUAACUGCACACCAAAAAAAACAGAGAUUGUGCAUCAUCUUAAUGGGGAUUAUAAAGCCAAGAAAGGGCCCCUUGGGCGGACUCUUCACUUCCCUGUUUCUAAAGCGUCAGCACCUCCUAUGAACAAUUCAUUGAUUAAGUCUAGGCCAAAGACAGGGAUGAGAUCCAUUGAGAGCCACUCUUAUAGGACAGCAGAGUCACAGAACAACCUCUUGAGCCAGCUGUUUGGCCAAAAACUAACCAGCUUUAAGAUCCCUUUGAGGAAAGACACUUAAAAAUCAAAAAAACAGAUGGGUGUUUUCUGUGGGAAAAAUGACUAAAAAGUUGUUCAUGUUACUUAUGAUCAAGACAAUUCAUGUCCAUGCAUGGCCCUACUCUGUGAAAUGUUGCUCUAAAUACUUAUGUUGUCACUUUAUGUCUACUCUUGUAAAUGUUUUCGUAUUACACAAAUGUGAGGACUUAUGGCAGAGAUCUUUACGAAUCUAGAAUGAAAAUGCUAGUAAGUCAAAUCAUUGACUAUUUCCUGCUAUUCUUAUGAUGUUUUUCAGAGAUUAUAUUUCAUUAGAAAAAGGAAAGAAAAAAAGGAUACUUGAAAAUAAAACUGAAUAUUUUUCCAAAUAAUGCAUGACAGUUUUACAAUCACAAAGUGUUCAUAGAGGGUUUUUUAUUUUUUAUGCAACCGGACCAAAGACAUCCCAACUGACUUGGACUAUGUCAGUGCACCUUUUGUAUAUGCUUCUCCAGAAUUACUCUUUUUAUAUUAUUUGACCUUACUGUAAUGCAUUGACAUUCAUUGUAUUAGCUUUUGUAUAAACAUUAACUGGUGCUAUGUUAUUGUUUUUUUUAUUAUUAUUGUAAUGUGAACGGAAAUGUCCUCUAACUGAAAGGAACAUGAGAUCUGUAGCAGUUGCAUUAAUCCAAAGGUUUGUUAAAAAGACUGUAUAAAACCUACUCCAACAGUAUUCAUCUGUAGGUCCUUAGGAAAGGAAAUUAGGAAAGCUUCCAUCUGUACGAACUCAGGUCCUGCCAAGGACUAUUCACAGUCCUGAGACCUGUUUUAGGAGCUCCUCCCAUGCACUGAUACUACCACACAAAACACACAUUAGUACUCCGUGUCUGUCCUCCAACUGUUUAAUUAUUAAUAUAAGACAAAAAAGGUGCUUUAUCUUGUUUAUAUGUAUCUUAUAUUGUAUUAUAUUGUAGGUAGAUGAUUUCCCAGUGCAAUGCUCAAUGUCAAAAUUUUAUUUUAAUAAUGUGCAACAGAAUCAAAGAGAGAGAGAGAGAGAGAGAGAGAGAAACUAAAUGGAAAUGCAAUGCCUCUUGUAUUGUAAAGUGGUCUUUUAAAGUUGGUUAUUAAAAAUCUGCAUUGGUCUC